AUGGGCGCAGGAUCUACAGCUCCCACGCGGGGAAGCGCAGCGCCCUGCGGCCACCGCGAGGGACUCCGCUCCCUACGGCCAUCGCGGCAGGGACGCAAAGGCUGCGACCACCACGGGGGUCGCAGUGAGCUGCAGCCUCCAUGGCUGCGGCCUGUGCGAGAGGGGGGAGGAGGAGGCAGAAUUAUAAUUUAUAUUUUCCAUGAUAUUACAGGAAUUGCUUCAUCAUCAACAGCACUGAAGAAGGAGCCCUAUGAUGUUUUCAUUAAUCAUCGUGGAUCUGAUGUGAAAUUGACACUGGCCAGCUCCAUCUACCAUUUCCUUGAUCACCUUGGAGUGAAAGUCUUUCUGGACCGAGAAGAGCUUGAUUUGGGUGACUGCUUUCCAAAAGCAAUAGAAGAUGUAGCGCGUAGUGCUCUAAUUCAUAUCGCCAUAUUUUCCAAAGAUUAUGCGAAAUCGCCCUACUGUUUAGAAGAGCUGUCGUUUAUGCUGGAAAUUAGGAGCACAAUUAUUCCUGUUUUCUAUAAUGUUAAGCCUGCUGAUCUCAGAUGGGAAGUGACUAGGGGAUUGUAUGCUGAUGCCUUUUCCAAAUAUGAAACGCAAGGUAGAUACAGGCCAGAAAAGCUUAAAAAGUGGAAAGAGGCACUCCACAAAGUUUCCUUUUAUACCGGCUAUGAGUACACGACUAACAGUGAUGAAGGGAUUCUGUUAAAAAGAAUUGUGAAUCGCAUACUGCAGGAGAUAAAGAAUGUGAAGGUGCCUUUGGAUGUAGCUCCAUAUUCAGUUGGACUAGAUGAUGCCGUACAAGACUUUGAAAGAGUGAGAUCUGCUCGAGAUAAUCGAAAUGCAGAGAUUGUAGGGAUUGUCGGCAUGGGUGGCUGUGGUAAAACUACACUUGCCAAAGAGUUAUAUAACAGAAAAUACUCGGCCUAUGAUAACUGUAGCUUUCUAUUCAGAGUAAGAGAGAACGCAUUGCAUGAAUUGCAAAAACAACUCUUGGAGGACGUGCUACAUCUUAGUAUACCAUUCAAGGAUGCAAGCGAAGGCAAGUCUAUUUUGGCUGGGCGUUUAAGAUCCCUUCGCGUGCUCAUUGUUUUGGAUGACGUUGAUGAUGUGAAUCAAUUGAAUGCUCUGUUGCCAGAUAUGGGCAGAACACUUGGAUCCGGUAGUUUGAUUAUUAUCACUACACGCGAUUUGAGCGUCCUUAGAUCGUGCUAUACAUACAAGAUGAGAGCACUGGAUUCGUGUCAAGCCAAGGAACUUUUUUGCUGGCAUGCUUUCGUAAAAUCCUCUCCACCGGCAGCCUUUGAAGGUCUCGUUCAACAGUUCAUAAAUGCUUGUGAUGGAUUACCCUUAUCUCUUGAGGUCACUGCAGGAAUGCUUUACGGAAAGACUGAGAAGGAGUGGGAAUCUGUGUUAAAGAAGAUCUCUAGAUUAUUGCCCAGUAAGAUAAAAGAGAGCCUGAGACUCAGUUACGAUGCACUCGACAAGGAUGAGCAAAAUAUAUUUUUGGAUGUAGCUUGUUUCUUCGUUGGCGAAAAGAAAAAUUUGGCCAUUGCAGUGUGGGAUGCAGCGGAGUGGAGUGAUCUGGAAAACCUUGUGAGCAAGUGUCUCGUUGAGAUCGACAAACAGAACCGCAUAAGAAUGCAUAAUCAUCUUCGCGAUUUGGGGAGAGAAAUCGCAAUUGAAUGCUCGCCGCAUCAUCUAUGGUCCACCAAACAUAUGACUAAGAUCAUGAGUUACACAGAGGAGAUCAGGGGCAUAAUGGCUGCUACAACUCAAUUUGUUGCAUGUCCUGCUCACAACGAGUUCCUUAUAUGUCGUGAUCGUUAUCCUCCGCCUUUUGAAGAGUGUAUUAAUCUUCGAUUCUGGAUUCUAUUAAAACUCCUUGUUGUUGCCGGAGAUUAUUUUACCGCAGACUUUCCUGGACAACCAAAGCAUCUAGUGUGGCUUCGUUGGUUUGAUUUCCAACAAACAAAACUUCCCGCUUGGCUUUCAUUGACAAAUCUAAGGGUUUUAGAGCUUUAUGGAACCUCCAGCUUACAGCAACUGUGGGAAAAUAACGCGCAACCUCCAAAAGAGUUGAGAGAGAUGAUUAUUACUGCCACUGAAGGCAACAUUUUCCACAGUUUUCCCAGUAUAAUAUCAGGUCUGGAGCGUUUGACAAAGAUAGCCUUGAUUUCUUAUCAUGGACAAGAAUUUCGCUUUUCAAGACUGCCGGAUGAGUUUUGCGAUCUCCAAUCGCUUGAGCACCUGGAGCUACGACAAUGUGAAUCCUUGUUGUCACUCCCUGCCCGAUUUGGGGAUUUAAGAAACUUACAGCAUCUGGAUUUGUGUUCUUGCAAGCAGUUGAGGAUGCUACCAGUUUCUUUUAAGCAAUUGACACACCUCAAGUAUCUAGACUUCUCUGGUUGCAAAAAGCUUGUCUUAGAGGAAGACAUUCUUGAAAACAUCACACAGCUAGAGAAUCUGUACCUUUCAGGAUGCCUGGCCAUUAAGAAAUUACCUCAUCAAAUCACAGAUCAGGCAUGUUUGAGAGAGCUCCGACUUCAAGAUACAAGCUUAGAGGAGUUACCAAGUAACAUUGGGCGCCUAAGUAAAUUAGAAGUGCUGACAAUUGGUAGUCAGUUAUUGAAAAGCUUGCCAGAUUCUCUUGGAAAUUUAUUCAGCUUGAAAAGCCUUUCAAUUAUUGAUUGUAUGGUCUUAGAAUGUUUACCCAAGACGCUUGGGCAUCUAGAACUUUUAGAAGAUCUGUCUAUAGAGGCCACAGGAGUAAGGUCCUUACCGGAAGGAUUUAGGCAACUGGCUAAUCUUCGAACCUUGAAGAUUUCUGAUUGUCCACUUGAAGAACUAGAUUUUGGGUCUGUACCUUCCUUUCCGUUGGAAAAGCUCACCGCGAUAAAUUUAAACGAGACACUUGUCAACAGAAUAUCAAUUUCUAAAUACUGUUGUCCUAGACUUGAAACACUCCGUCUUAGCAAUAAUGACUUUUUGGAGGAGAUUGAAACACUGCCAGCAACCGUCAAGAUAGAAUUGCCAGAAUGUGAAAAGGGGAAGAAUAUAAAGGGUAUUUGUGCUCUCUCAAUCAUUUCAAAUUCGGCAAGUUAGACUGACUGCUUAAAAAAAAUUGCAUUAGAAGUCCAUGGAUACAUGGCGGGAAGUGUCUUCUUUAGAUAUCUGCAUUGUAAAUAUUUGGCAUAAAAUAUGAUAAUAUUUAGGGAGACAUAUUCUUGAUUUUUAUAUAUAUUUGAAGGUUAUUCUGAAG